CCUCUGCAGUGACUCAUUGAAAUAUCUUCCGUGUUGAUAAAGCUGCAUCUCUAUUCUGCCCCAGCACACACACACACACACACACGCAAACACACGCUCAUACACGCACACACUCUCGCACAAACGCGCGCGUAAAGGACGUAUAGUUGGGCUGCCUCCAGUGCAUCGGGACUGCGCGUCUUACUUUGGAUUUGCCGAGGAGCCGGCUGGACGUGGACUUUAUUCUAUCUUGUUUUUUUUUUGUCACCCUGCGUAGUGCGCAUUUCGCCUGAAGUCGGGACUUACAUAAAAAAGACUCGGACGGCGGGGAUACAGGCUGAGGAUUUCCCACCAAGCUGGAGCCCAGGUAACCCAAGACCCGCCCCCAGGCUCUCUCUUGUUUCUGGACAAGGGAGUCACCCAGCAGCAGUCGGUCUCCAUGCAGACUCUCAGGAUGGGGAGCUUUAAGAAAGCUGCUUCGUUUGGCCGGGGCUCCCUCUCUCAGUUCAAAGUCUGAAGAGGAGCAGCGUCUCGGUGGAGUGGCCGGGGUUGCGCCUAGGACCCGAGGUUGACCUCGACCCCAACCUGCCAGGCUCGAGCUCAGCACAACAGUAGCAUGUCAGUGCCCAGAGGACAUUCAUGGAUGCACUGCUCCACAGCCAAGGCCAACCCCUUGCUGUGGUUAGGGCUGAUGUCCAUCUGUGUGGCCACUGUUCAGGCCCAGCAGCACCCAGUGGUCACCACCAAUUAUGGGAAAUUGCGGGGAGUGAAGGUUACAUUACCCAAUGAAAUCCUGGGACCAGUGGAGCAGUACUUGGGGAUCCCAUAUGCACUGGCGCCGACAGGGGAGCGGAGGUUUCAGCCGCCAGAGUCCCCCAUGUCCUGGCCGGGCAUCAGGAAUGCUACCCAGUUUGCCCCAGUUUGUCCUCAGUUCUUAGAGGACCGCUUUUUGCUCAAUGACAUGCUCCCUGUGUGGUUCACAGCCAACUUGGAUACACUGGUCACCUAUGUGCAGGAGCAGAGUGAGGACUGCCUUUACCUGAACAUCUACGUCCCCACGGAGGACGAUAUCCAUGAUGAGAACGGAUUGAAGCCAGUCAUGGUUUACAUCCACGGCGGCUCCUACAUGGAGGGAACCGGCAACAUGAUUGACGGCAGCAUCCUGGCCAGCUACGGGAAUGUCAUUGUCAUCACAAUCAACUACCGGCUCGGAGUUCUGGGUUUUCUGAGCACAGGCGACCAGGCAGCCAAGGGCAACUAUGGCCUGCUGGAUCAAAUACAGGCCCUCAGGUGGAUCAAAGAAAACAUCCAGGCCUUCAAAGGAGACCCAAAGAGAGUGACCAUCUUUGGCUCUGGCGCUGGAGCAUCGUGCGUCAGCCUGCUCACCCUCUCCCACUACUCAGAAGAUCUCUUCCAGAAAGCCAUCAUCCAGAGUGGCACGGCACUGUCCAGCUGGGCGGUCAACUACCAGCCUGCCAAGUACACACGCGCCCUGGCUGAGAAGGUGGGCUGCAACAUGCUGGACACCAUAGACCUGGUGGAGUGUUUGCAGAACAAGAACUACAAGGAGCUGAUUGAGCAGUACAUCACACCCGCAAAGUACCACAUUGCCUUCGGGCCUGUGAUUGAUGGAGAUGUGAUCCCGGAUGACCCCCAGAUCCUGAUGGAGCAAGGGGAGUUCCUGAACUAUGACAUAAUGCUGGGGGUAAAUCAAGGGGAGGGGUUUAAGUUUGUAGAUGGCAUUGUGGACAGUGAGGACGGCGUGUCAGCCAACGAUUUUGACUUUGCCGUGUCAGACUUUGUGGACCAUCUCUAUGGAUACCCGGAGGGAAAGGACACCCUGCGUGAGACGAUCAAAUUCAUGUACACAGACUGGGCGGACAAGGAGAACCCAGAAACCCGACGCAAGACCCUGGUGGCUCUGUUCACCGACCACCAGUGGGUGGCGCCAGCAGUGGCCACGGCUGACCUCCAUGCCCAGUACGGAUCGCCCACCUAUUUCUACGCUUUCUACCACCACUGCCAAAGCGACAUGAAGCCCAGCUGGGCCGACUCCGCCCACGGUGAUGAAGUGCCAUACGUGUUUGGAAUUCCUAUGAUCGGUCCCACUGAUCUCUUCAACUGCAACUUCUCCAAGAACGACGUGAUGCUGAGCGCUGUUGUCAUGACCUACUGGACUAACUUCGCUAAAACAGGGGAUCCAAACCAACCAGUUCCCCAGGAUACAAAGUUCAUCCAUACAAAGCCCAACCGGUUUGAGGAAGUAGCCUGGACCAAGUACAACCCCAAAGACCAGCUCUACCUCCACAUCGGCCUCAAACCUAGAGUCCGAGACCACUACCGAGCUACCAAGGUUGCAUUCUGGUUGGAACUAGUACCGCAUCUCCACAACAUCAAUGAAUUCUUUCAGUAUGUAUCCACCACCACCAAGAUACCCCCACAGGACACCACCCCCUACCCUUACACCAAACGGUUCCCCAACAAAAUCAACUGGCCAUCCACCACCCGUCACCCGGGGGUGCCGCCCGCAAACACAAAGCAAACCACCGACCAGCGCAAGAGCGGUGACCUGACCGACGAGUCCACUGUGGUGAUCGAGACCAAGAGGGACUACUCCACGGAACUCAGUGUCACCAUCGCAGUCGGAGCCUCGCUGCUCUUUCUGAACAUCCUCGCCUUUGCCGCGCUGUACUACAAGAAGGACAAGCGGCGGCACGAUUCCAACCGACGUGUUCCCACCCCGCAGCGCAACUCCGCACCCACCAGCACCCCGUCCACUGCCAAUGACGUGGCCCACCUACAGAGCGAGGAGCUGAUGUCGCUGCAGAUGAAGCAGCAGCAGCUGGAGCUGGAGCACCACCACGAGUGCGAGUCCCUGCAGGUCCACGACGCGCUACGCCUCGCCUGCCCGCCCGACUACACCCUCACCCUGCGCAGGUCACCCGACGACAUACCCUUGAUGACACCGAGCACCAUCACCAUGAUCCCAAACUCACUGGCUGGCAUGCAGCCUCUGCACAACUUCAAUACUUUUGGAGGCAGCCAGAACAGUACCAACUUACCCCACGGCCACUCCACCACACGGGUAUAGCUCUGCUGGGACAGGAAGAGCGGUGGAUUCCCUCUGGGCCGGCGACUUACCACACAAGGCAAAUAUUGUGUGAAGCACAGACUGCAAAGUCUCAGCAGAUGCUUUUUGCUACCAUGCCUUCUUGAAAAGUAUAAAUAGUAUAAAUUGAUCAUGAACUCAUGAAAAUAUUCAAUGUGAAUGUUACUAUAGUAAUAACUCUAUUUGGAGCUAAGUUUCAUGGAAGGAUAUUGAGGAGUUUUACCAAAACAAAAGGCAACCAGGGGUUGACUGUUAAUAUUCUUAUAAUACAAGAUGAACAGAUUCCGAGUGACAGAGAAGAGACUUUUUGUGCCAUAUAAACACAAUCAGAGGACAGUGGCAAAAGUUGUUGAAAAGCAACAGUUGAACAUCCGGAACAUCACGAAAAUAUGACCCGUCAUGCAUCACACACUUGACUUAGGCACACAAUUCUACACCCCAGCCUGAAAUGUAUUUAUGAAAACUUUGUUAAAAAAGAAAAAAAAGGAGGAAAAAAAGGUAUAUAGUUGUGUGUGGAAAUUUAUGGAUUUAAAGAAAAAGAAAAAAAAAUUAUAUUCGAAGAGCUUCUGUUGUUUUCAUUUUGGCUGUUUCCUUAUUUUUUUUGCAGCCUGCUGUUUCUGUUGAGGUGCUUGUAAAUAUAUUCGGACAUCCUUCAUUCUUUUUUAUUUCCAAUAACAACCUGUGUUUUAUUAUUUUUCACACAAUGACCAAAAUGCGAACACAAUCCCAUCCUUAAAGAGUUGCACUUUCGGCGACUGCAGGUCAUCACAUACGGUGCUGUCUUGUGCGUUGCUCUGUGUUCACUCUCAAGACAUUGCAUGUCCAGGACGAGCUCUACUCUAUAUUCUCAGACACGUCUCCUGUCUGAUGUGAGGACUGACUGGAUCUCAUCACCUGCUCUCAUUCGGUUUUGCUUGCCGUACUUUUCGUUGUGGGCUUUUUCUGUCUUGCAAUCUCGGCACUACCUGAGCUUACAGUGUGACCAGCAAUGUAUAAUUUAGAAAUAAAAAAAAGGCAGUGAUUUUUUUUUUUUGUAUCACUAUUAGUUGGAUAUGUUUGUAAAGAAGUGUAUGUUAGAUAUUUCAAAUUGUCAUAUGCUAGCAAUAUGUAAAGUAUUGUGCCAGGCUUGUGAUAUUUUGAGCAAAAGCAAGUGAAUGUGUAAAUAGUAAUGAUAUUAUUAUAAAAUUAUAACAAAGUAACCAUUAACUCUCUUUCUGUUUUGCAUCCUAAUAUUAAAAAAAUGGAAGUACAUCCAGAAGGUUUUAAGCUACAUUUGUAAAUUCUAUAAAAGAUAUAUUCUUGACAUAUGAUCCCUAAACCAGUCAAGAUAACAAGGGUUUUAAUAUAGACUUUAAAAAUCCUUGGUUUGUCUUAAAUUUGUUUGCAGUUUUGCCUUAAGUGAUGAUAGAGAUAUUUCUGGCUGGACACCUGUAUGAACUUUUUCUGCAACAUUUUUAAUAAAAUAUCACAGUAUUUUCUAAAAACAGAAUAUACAUAGAAUUGGAUUUGGUUGCAUGAUUUUUACAGUGUGCGGUGUGUUGGAAUGAUGGUGUGGGAUGUCAGUUUAAUAACACUAGAAAUUGACUGAAUGAUUUUAAUCUCACCUCUGUGAAAUUCAACUUUCCUCACACAUUACACCCUCCAGCAGUGCAGUGGGCAUCCCCUUCUUUGGUAGGAUUCAGUUACUAUCCCCCUGUUUGGUUGCACAACAACCGGAAACCGGUAAAUUAUAAUCUAUGGAAAAUAAGAGGCGCAGGAGUCUACAUUGUAGUAAAAAAAAAAACUUGACAAGUUGAAUGUUAGAAGGGACACGAUGGGGGUUGCACCCCACCUCUUGUAAAAUUAGGUUAAAAAUGACGCAACGGUUAACUUGAGUUUCUUAUGUAAAGAUUUUCAUCGGGUUUUAAACACAAAAACAUGCUUGUAAAUCCUAAUAAA